AUGAACCAUAACCAAAACCAAAACCAGAACCAGCAAUCGAGCGAAGGCAGCAGGCACGAUGACGACGCGGCCCUCACCGAAUUUCUUGCUUCCUUAAUGGACUAUACCCCCACUAUACCCGACGAGCUUGUGGAGCACUACUUGGCCAAAAGCGGCUUUCAAUGCCCCGACGUUCGAUUAAUUAGGCUGGUAGCUGUUGCCACGCAAAAGUUUGUUUCUGAGGUUGCAACUGACGCUCUUCAGCAAUGCAAAGCAAGACAAGCUUCUGUAGUCAAAGACAAAAGGGACAAACAACAAAAGGAUAAGCGCCUAAUAUUGACGAUGGAAGACCUUUCAAGGGCGUUGCGUGAGUAUGGUGUUAAUGUGAAGCACCAAGAAUAUUUCGCUGACAGCCCUUCAACCGGGUUGGAUCCUGCAUCAAGAGAAGAAUGA